AUGGAUCAUGCUGAAGAAAAUGAAAUUCCUGCAGAGACCCAGAAGUACCUCGUGGAAAGGCCUAUCUUCAGUCAUCCGGUCCUCCAGGAGAGGCUGCACGUCAAGGACAAAGUCACAGACUCCAUCGGGGAUAAGCUGAAGCAGGCAUUCACGUGCACUCCUAAAAAAGUAAGAAACAUCAUCUACAUGUUCUUGCCCAUCACUAAGUGGUUGCCAGCAUAUAAAUUCAAGGAGUAUGUGCUGGGUGACUUGGUCUCGGGCAUAAGCACUGGGGUGCUUCAGCUCCCCCAAGGCUUAGCCUUCGCGAUGCUGGCAGCUGUACCUCCGGUGUUCGGCCUGUACUCCUCGUUUUACCCUGUUAUCAUGUACUGUUUCUUUGGAACCUCCAGACACAUAUCUAUAGGUCCUUUUGCUGUUAUUAGCUUGAUGAUCGGAGGUGUGGCUGUCCGCUUGGUACCGGAUGACAUCGUUAUCCCAGGAGGAGUAAAUGCAACCAAUGGGACGGAAGCCAGAGAUGCGUUAAGGGUCAAAGUCGCCAUGUCCGUUACCCUACUUUCAGGAAUCAUUCAGUUUUGCCUAGGUGUCUGUAGGUUUGGAUUUGUGGCCAUAUACCUCACGGAGCCGCUGGUGCGAGGCUUUACCACGGCGGCGGCCGUGCACGUGUUCACCUCCAUGUUAAAAUACCUGUUUGGGGUCAAAACGAAGCGGUACAGCGGGAUCUUCUCAGUGGUGUAUAGUACGGUGGCUGUGCUGCAGAAUGUUAAAAACCUCAACGUGUGUUCCCUAGGCGUCGGCCUCAUGGUUUUUGGUUUGCUGUUGGGUGGCAAGGAGUUUAAUGAGAGAUUUAAAGAGAAACUGCCAGCGCCCAUUCCUCUAGAGUUCUUUGCUGUGGUGAUGGGGACCGGCAUUUCUGCAGGGUUUAACUUGCACGAGUCCUACAGUGUGGAUGUUGUUGGGACACUUCCUCUGGGGCUACUCCCACCCGCCAACCCAGACACCAGCCUGUUCCACCUCGUGUAUGUGGACGCCAUUGCCAUCGCCAUUGUUGGGUUUUCAGUGACGAUCUCCAUGGCCAAAACCUUGGCAAAUAAGCAUGGCUACCAGGUUGAUGGCAACCAGGAGCUCAUUGCCUUGGGAAUAUGCAACUCCAUCGGAUCUCUCUUCCAGACCUUCUCAAUCUCCUGCUCCUUGUCUCGAAGCCUUGUUCAGGAAGGAACUGGAGGGAAGACACAGCUUGCAGGUUGCUUGGCCUCACUGAUGAUCCUGCUGGUCAUAUUAGCCACUGGAUUCCUCUUUGAGUCAUUACCCCAGGCCGUGCUUUCCGCCAUCGUGAUCGUCAACCUGAAAGGAAUGUUCAUGCAGUUCUCAGACCUGCCCUUCUUCUGGAGAACCAGCAAAAUCGAGUUGACCAUCUGGCUCACCACCUUUGUGUCCUCCCUGUUCCUGGGCUUGGACUAUGGACUGAUUACUGCUGUGAUCAUUGCUCUGCUCACUGUGAUUUACAGAACACAGAGUCCGAGCUACACAGUCCUGGGACAGCUCCCCGACACCGAUGUGUACAUUGACAUCGAUGCCUAUGAGGAGGUGAAAGAAAUCCCUGGAAUAAAAAUAUUCCAAAUAAAUGCCCCAAUUUACUAUGCAAAUAGCGACUUGUACAGCAGCGCACUGAAAAGAAAGACUGGCGUGAACCCAGCACUCAUCAUGGGAGCGAGAAGAAAGGCCAUGAGGAAGUACGCGAAGGAGGUUGGAAAUGCCAACAUAGCUAACGCGACUGUUGUCAAAGUGGAUGCAGAAGUAGAUGGAGAAAAUGCUACGAAGCCUGAAGAAGAGGACGACGAAGUCAAAUUUCCCCCAAUAGUCAUCAAAACAACAUUUCCUGAAGAGCUGCAGAGGUUUUUGCCCCAGGGGGAAAAUAUCCACACUGUCAUUCUAGACUUCACGCAGGUCAAUUUUAUGGAUUCUGUUGGAGUGAAAACUCUGGCCGGGAUUGUGAAAGAGUACGGCGAUGUUGGAAUUUAUGUGUACUUAGCAGGAUGCAGUGCACAAGUUGUGAAUGACCUCACCAGCAACCGUUUUUUUGAAAAUCCUGCCUUAAAGGAGCUUCUGUUCCACAGUAUCCAUGAUGCGGUCUUGGGCAGCCAAGUCCGUGAGGCGAUGGCUGAGCAAGAAACCACGGUUCUGCCUCCCCAGGAAGAUAUGGAGCCCAAUGCCACGCCCACCACACCGGAAGCAUAA